UGAUAGCAACACUACUUUUUUCUUCAACCUGAAGUCCUAGAGUCGUAUACCUCUGCCGGCUGCGAGAUGAUGAACGCUUUAAUGGACAAUGUGCAGGGCUUUGGGGUGAGCAGCACCAAGUACCUGCAGACCAACUACAAAGAUGCCCAGGGCCUCUUCCUCUGGGUGUCGUGGGCGGCAGACCUCAGGAACACCUUCUUCAUCUUCUUCCCACUUUGGUUUCACCUCCGGGCCUCAGUGGGAAUCAAGCUCAUCUGGGUGGCAGUGAUCGGAGACUGGCUGAACCUGGUGUUUAAAUGGAUUCUCUUUGGGGAGAGGCCUUACUGGUGGGUCCACGAGACGGCUCACUACGCCGACGCCGUUCGCCCUCACAUCGAACAGUAUCCCAUGACCUGUGAGACCGGACCAGGCAGCCCUUCUGGCCACGCCAUGGGAGCAGCGGGGGUCUACUACACCCUCGUCACGUCCAUCCUCGCCAUCGCCACCAGCAAGAAAUCCUCAGGAAAAGACUGGUAUCUGAAGGCUGCCCUGUGGACAGUGUUUUGUGGAGUCCAAGUCUGCGUCUGCCUGUCCAGGGUCUUCAUUGCUGCUCACUUCCCACAUCAGGUCAUCACUGGUGUAAUUACCGGCGUCAUCGUGGCCGAGGCCUUCAACCGAACCCAGUGGAUCUACAACGCCAGCAUGAAGAAGUAUUUCUACACAACCCUGUUCUUGAUCAGCUUUGCUGUGGGCUUGUACGUCCUGCUCAAAGCCCUGGGCGUGGACCUGCUGUGGACUCUGGAGAAGGCCCAGAAGUGGUGCGUCAGGCCCGAGUGGGUCCACUUGGACACCACACCUUUCGCGAGUCUACUGCGCAACAUGGGCACCUUGUUCGGCCUGGGCCUGGGCCUGCACUCGCCGCUCUACACUGAGAGCAAAAGGAGCCGCAGCGCGGUGGUCAAGGCGGGCUGCGUCAUCAGCUCGCUGGUCCUGCUGCACCUCUUUGACUCUUUCAAGCCUCCCACACACACCGCAGCCCUCUUCUACCUGCUGUCCUUUUGCAAGAGCGCCACCGUGCCUCUGGUCACCGUCAGCAUCAUCCCGUACUGCGUGAGCAGGGCUUUGAGUGGCCACAACAAAAAGGGACUUUGAGCAGCAUCCUCGUGUUAUAGAGACUAAACAAAUGAAAGUGCAGAGACUCCUCCUCCUGCUACUAUUAAUAAUGAAAACAUUUCCUCCGGUGGUUAUUGCAUUCACAUCACCGCAUGAUAUCUUGCCCUAAGAUCAACGGGAGUUUGCACAUGUGCCGUGCAGACACUGAACUCUGAACACUGUGGGAUGUGGGGAAAACACUGAGCGGCACAUAGAAAGAACUGCUGUGAACUCAGUAAAGUCGUUUCAGAGAGGAGGGAGAAGAGGAACCGGCCUAAUAAUGAACGUUUGGGCUGCAGGUUUGAUAUGCUAUUUCAAAUGUCCUAAUAAUGUUUUUAUAAGUGUUAUAGAAUGUAUUUUUGAAAAUGCUUGUGAUAUUUUUUAAUAAAAAUCUGGAAAAUA